AUGGGCGACGAUGCGUCGGGGCGCGGGGGCGAGGCGCCGAGCAGCGCGGUCACCGUCUCACUGCAUCCACUGGUCAUCAUGAACAUCUCCGAGCACGUGACACGUAUGCGUGCGCAGCAGAACGAUCCGAAGCAGCCAAUCCAGGUUUUUGGCGCAAUUCUUGGUGUGCAGUCGGGAAGGCACGUGGAGAUGAAGAACAGCUUUGAGGUGAAAUGGGCGGAUGAGGGGAAAGGAUACGCCUUACCAUUGGCCGUAUACGAGUCAGUGCCGACUGCUGGGCUCUCGGCAGCUGCAGCGGGGGGACCAGUGGUAUGGCACUCAGUUCACUGGACACUGGCAAGUGAGCAAGCGGAGCGAAUUGGUAUCGAGCAUGUAGCGCAAAUAUCGACCGAUUCAACGUCCAUUCGAGCUGGCGAAUUACCGCGCGAUGAACAUAUUAUAAGGGAGAUUGCUCAGUUGGUUCACAGGAUACCACUGAUGAAUUCCGAGAAAUUUUCGCAACAGUAUAAAAAUGUAUGGUUUUCUCAAUCAGCGCCAGUCUUACUUUUUAGUGAACGCUUUAUUGAAGGGCUUUUGACUCCUUUUUAUAUUGCUGCAUUACCUGAUGCUUGUCCGUGGUGCAUCUUUUAG